ACACGCUCACGCAGACGCACCUCAUCCUUUAUGUGCUUGUGGUAAUUAGACGAACCAAAAAAAAGAGAAUGAGAGAAUAGCAAUUAACUCUUGGAUGCCAUUGUUAAGCAUCGGGCUCAAGAGGUCAGCGCCGUAGCUGAGGCCCGGUCAUAAAUCUUAUUCACUUACUUUCUUUGAGCGCUAUCUGCUCUUUUAUGGAAUACAUCGAUGAGGAGCAGCUUAUGCUACUGAUUUAUUCAGUUGAACAGUGUGCAUUGUGCUGAUGAACAGUUCCCCCGAAAAUUAGAUGUUGCAAUUAGAUGAGUUUGUUUCUUCAUCGGAAAAGAUUUUCGCUUAUCAGCGGAUCCCUUGCAGCGAAUGGGUGCCGGCAGAAAGAGAGUCUAAACAGCUGAAUGAUAAAAACAUACAUAAAAGGCAACUUGGUUUCGCAUAUUUUAAAUUGAAGGGCUAUAGUUAUGUGUUUGACUCAUGGAUAGUCAUGAUGUUUUUAUCAGCUGCUUGGAUUCUCAUUCUGAAGGCACCCAUUCACUACAACGGAUCCAUUGGUGAAAAUAUGAUGUCAGUUUAAAUUUAUCCAUAUCCGUAAGAAACUAGCUCAUCUCCCGUACAUCUCGGAUGACCUGAGAGUGAGUACAAUUACAGAAACUGUUCGUUGUUGGGUUAACUAAGCCUUUAAUGCGCAUUUCAAUAAAAAUAAUCUAAAAUAUGCAGAAUCGUAUUUUAAAUAGGCAUACAUGUAGGACACCUGAUAAAAAAAAAACACUUGGAGGGCAGCCAUCAUGUAUAUUUUUCUAAUUGUGCAAGUUUUUAACUAUAGGUGUACAAAAACCUCUGAUAUCUGAAACAUAUUUGGAUUCAUAACAGUUUGUGACAACUGCAAAGCGUGACCUAAAGGGUUAUAACGUCCAACAUGCAGAAUCAUGCGCCGCUGCUAAAUAGGCUUUGACAAUUAGUCUCAUACCAAGAUGAAUAAUAAUAUGAAAUUUUAAUAUUAUCAUUUUGUAAAUACUGAAAACACAAGUGAUUAAUGUUAAAGUAAAAUGCGUAAUGUCGAAGCAGGCGCCCCAUCGCUGCUAGAUGCGCGUGGCCGAGGGAAAGUUUCGCAUCAGCUUCCCUCGUGCGCGCGCUCGCUCGGGGAAACCGCACUGGGUUUACACGCGAGCCUCACUGUCUAAAUGACUUUCCAGUCGCUUUCCCUCUCCCUAAACUUCUGCCUUCAGUGCGUGCACUGACCCGAAAGUGUCGUUCAUCAUAAUAUCAGCAGCGCCGCUACUGAGAGCGCGCGGGUUAAUCUGCUCAUAAUCAGCCCUGAGAAAAAGGCUGCGUGCGCGAAAUAAGCAUUUAGACCUGUUUUUUGUUCUGCAUACCCCUAACGCGGGAAUGAAAGCAAGGAUCGAUGUCAAAGAGGUCGCGGGGUGUGUGACAGCUGGGCGGAGAGACUGAAACUCCGGAGGCAGCACGCGCGCUGGGGCGGCAGAUGCGCGGCUGAAUCGGCGCUCGCUGCUGUUUUUUGUAACCGAGGGGAGAGAGACCGAGAGGAGGGGGACUUCUAAAGGGUUGCCCGAGCCGCCGGCUCCGUUGCAGCGCAAGAAAUUUUGGGGGAAGGAUGCAGCGGAACCGGAGAAUUCCUCCGAUGCGCCUCCUCUUGUGUGUGAUGAGCGCGUGCUGGACGGCGCUGGAGGUGCGGGGGUCCCAACCGGAGAUCCCCUUAUCAGUGGUGAAACUCUGGGCUUCAGCGUUCGGCGGUGAAAUAAAAUCAAUAGCUUCCAAAUACUCAGGAUCUCAGCUCUUACAAAAGAAAUACAAGGAAUAUGAGAAGUCGGUGCGAAUAGAAGAGAUCGACGGCGCAAAACUGGUGAAAAACGUGGCGCAGAAUAUGGAGGAAAUAUUUCGCAAAAAAGCGGAGGCCACACGAAGGCUCGUAGAAGCAGCGGAAGAAGCUCAUCUCCAGCACGAGGAGAACCCUGACCUACAGUACGAGUAUUUCAACGCAGUGCUUAUAAACGAGGUGGAUGAAGACGGGAACAGUGUGGAGCUGGGAGGAGAGUUUCUCCUGGAACCCAACGAUCAUUUUAAUAACCUAUCCGUCAACCUCAGCCUCAGUGUGGUGCAGGUGCCAACCAACAUGUACAAUAAAGACCCUGACAUAGUUAAUGGAGUCUAUUGGUCGGAAGCCUUGAACAAAGUUUUCGUGGAUAACUUCAAAAGGGACCCGACUCUUAUUUGGCAGUACUUUGGGAGCGCUAAAGGUUUUUUCCGACAAUACCCAGGUGUGAAAUGGCAUCCUGAUGAACAUGGUGUAAUUGCUUUUGACUGUAGGAACAGAAAAUGGUAUAUCCAGGCGGCCACUUCUCCUAAAGAUGUGGUGAUUCUGGUGGAUGUCAGCGGCAGUAUGAAGGGUUUAAGACUGACUAUAGCCAGACAGACGGUUGCUUCAAUACUGGACACGCUCGGGGAUGAUGACUUCUUCAACAUUAUCGCAUACAACCAAGAGAUUCAUUAUGUGGAGCCCUGUCUAAACGGCACUCUUGUUCAAGCUGACAGUACUAAUAAGGAUCACUUUAAAGAGCAUCUGGACAAGUUAUUCGCCAAAGGAAUCGGGCUCCUGGGCAAUGCACUGACUGAAGCUUUCACUAUCUUAAAUGAGAUUAAUCAGACCGGCCGAGGAAGUUCAUGUAGUCAGGCGAUCAUGCUGAUAACAGAUGGAGCCACUGAAAUGCACGAUGAUGUCUUCGCCAAAUAUAACUGGCCCGAGCGCAAGGUUCGUAUAUUCCCAUACUUGAUUGGCCGAGAAUCUGCGUUCGCUGAUAACCUAAAAUGGAUGGCGUGUGCCAAUAAAGGUUACUUUAGUCAGAUCUCCACACUUGCUGACGUUCAGGAGAACGUGAUGCGGUAUUUGCACGUGAUGAGCAGACCUAAAGUUAUCGAUCAUGAACAUGACACAGUGUGGACUGAAGCCUAUGUGGACAGCGCACUCGCACAGGCGCACAAGCAGCUUGGAGAGAAUAAAGGCCCAAACCCGAUGACCACAGUCGCCAUGCCUGUGUUUAGCACCAAGAAUGAAACGAAAAACCAAGGCAUCCUGCUGGGCGUUGUAGGCACUGACAUCCCCAUUCAGGAGUUAAUGAAAACCAUCCCGAAGCACAAGCUAGGAAUACAUGGAUAUGCAUUUGCCAUUACCAAUAACGGAUAUAUCCUGACGCAUCCCGACCUCAGGCCCCUGUACCAGGAGGGCCAGAAGAGGAAGAAACCCAGUUACAGCAGCGUGGACCUGUCCGAGGUGGAAUGGGAGGACACAGAGGAUGUUUUACGCACAGCGAUGGUGAACAGACGAACUGGCACUUUCUCCAUGGAAGUAAAAAGAACAGUGGACAAAGGGAAACGUGUCUUGACGAUGCACAAUGAUUAUUACUAUACUGAUAUCAAAGGAACUCCAUUUAGUGUAGGUGUGGCGCUCUCUCGAGGACAUGGGAAAUACUUCUUCAAGGGAAAUGUUUCGCUGGAAGCCGGUCUGCAUGAUCUAGAGCAACCCGAUGUGGCCCUCGCUGAUGAAUGGACAUACUGUAACACAGAUGAGCGUCACGAGCAUCGUCACCUGACUCAAGUUCAGGCCAUCAAACUCUACAUGACCAGCCGUAAACCACAUCUCAAAUGUGACAGAGAGCUGAUUCAGCAGGUUUUGUUUGAUGCUGUAGUAACGGCUCCCUUAGAAGCGUACUGGACGGGACUGGCCCUUAAUAAGUCUGAGAACUCUGAUAAAGGAGUUGAGAUCGCUUUUCUCGGUACUCGCACUGGCCUGUCCAGAACCAACCUGUUUGUGGUUCCUGAGCAGCUGACCAAUCAAGAUUUCCUCACCGCUGAAGACAAGGAGGGCGUCUUUAAUGCUGAUCACUUUCCUCUGUGGUAUAAAAGAGCUGCAGAGCAAGUGCCCGGCACUUUCGUGUACUCCAUUCCCUUCAGUUCAGGGGGAGAAAAUAAAAGUGUGGUUUUGGCGAGCACUGCUAUCCAACUUCUCGAUGACAGGAAGUCUCCUAUAGUGGCAGCUGUGGGAAUUCAAAUGAAGCUGGAAUUCUUUCAGAGAAAAUUCUGGACGGCCAGUCGACAGUGCAAUGCUCUGGAUGGGAAAUGUACCAUCAGCUGUGAUAAUGAGGACAUUAAAUGUUAUCUCAUAGACAACAAUGGCUUCAUCCUGGUCUCUGAAGACACUUCCCAGACAAACUUCUUCUUUGGGGAAGUAGAGGGAGCUGUCAUGAACAAACUGCUUCUGAUGGGCUCGUUUAAAAAGAUUAAUUUGUAUGACUAUCAGGCUCUCUGUAAAGAGUACGCAGGCAGCAGUGACAGCGCACGCACUCUGCUGGAUCCCUUCACCGCUGUGAAAUGGCUCUUGACAGAACUUGUCAUAUUUCUGCUGGAGUUUAACCUGUACAGCUGGUGGAACUACGACUCCACAGUCAAAGCCCAGAGAGCUCAGAGGACAAUGAUGGUGCCGUGUGAUACUGAAUACCCAGCUUUUGUUUCUGAGCGCACCAUCAAAGAAACCACAGGGAACAUUGACUGUGGUGGCUGUAUACGGACCUUUGUAAUUCAGCAGAUUCCCAGCAGUAACCUGUUCAUGGUAGUUGUUGAGAAUAAAUGCGACUGUAGCUCCGCCUCUCCAGUUACCAUGGAGCCCAUUGAGAUCAUUUAUAAUGAAUCCCUGAAGUGCGACCGACUAAAGUUUCAGAAGGAUCGCAGACGGCCACAGUCCUGUCACCCAUUUCAUCCAGAGGAAAACGCCAUGGAAUGUGGCUCAGCAAAUGCUUUGAAUUUUCCACUGGUAGCUAUUUUAUUCCCAGUGUUGUCGUUCCUGAUCAGCAGGUGACCUCUGACCCCUGCCUUGAUCCAUUAGGCUUAAUAUACACUCAAAUCAGAGAGCCUCGCUUCCGCCAAACAUGAGUUCAGAGAGACAAAAUCAUCUUUGUGAUAUCUGGAUUACUGAAGAUAGAUGAUAUUUAUUACCGUCAAAGACUGUGUUAGAAUGUGCUGAGUGUUUUCUUCUUAUAUGUGGACCAGUGAACAUGCCUGGAUAUCAGUGGCCGCCACGAGCCGUCACAGCUAAACGCAGUCCAUGUAGCUGUUCCUCAAGGUUCAUACACCUCAACUUUAGUCUUAAUACUGUGUGAAGCGCAGACAAAAAAAAACUGAGCAGAAAUGUCUUUUAUGUCGUUAUUAUUUGCCUGCCUUUCAGACUGAGUCAGCGUUUAAUUUGGAGUCUUAAGAUGCAUGACGAGACAAAAUAGGAGUAUUUCACAGAGCUGUUUGUGAGAAAAGCAUACAUUGACAUCAAAAGAUGAGAUGUGGAUUCUUCACAAACUUUGUAAGUUUUGCCUGCUUAAAAAAAGUACUUGGAAAAUAACUUUUAAUUGCCUAAUCCCUUUACAUCAAAGGAAAGCCAUGUUAUGUAAAUAAAAACAUAUUUUCCAUCA